GCUCCCGAGGUCAAGGAUCAGACGGCCGAGAAUCGCCGUUCCCCGAACAAAGCGGUGGCUCCGUCUGUGCUGGCAGAUCUGGGAGUGCUCGCUUACCAUGUGCCACCGACAGGCAACUAUCCACCAAAGGCGGUGCCAUGGGAGCCUCAGAGUGGCAUCCAGGACACGAAGCUGAAGCAGAUCCGGGAUGCAAGAGGCUACAACUAUGCAGACAUCAUCACUUGCUCAGAGGAGUGCCUUCCUGACUACCACAACAAGCUGAAAGCCUUCUUCGAGGAGCACAUCCACUCUGACGAGGAGGUUCGGUACAUCCUGAAGGGCAGUGGGUACUUCGACGUGCGUGACACCGAGGAUCAAUGGAUCCGGAUUCAGCUCAACGCGGGAGACUUGAUCGUUCUCCCCGAGGGCAUUUACCACAGGUUUACCAUGGACACGAAGAACUUCACCCAGGCAAUGCGCCUCUUCAAAGGAGUGCCCGUGUGGACUCCGAUCAACCGCCCAGCCGACACCCACCUGUCCCGAGAGCGCUACCUGGCCCGUUUCGGGCAUUUCGCCGAGGAGCAGAGGUUGAGAGCCAACAUCGUGGCCUGCUUGAGAAGCUUCUUCCAGCUGGGCUGGUGCGUUGGCUCUUCGGGGGCCAUGGCCGCGCGUGUGGGCAGCGGCCCCCACGCUCCGGUGCUUUCCACACCCAGCGGUGUGCCCAAGGAGCGCCUGGCGGAGGAGGUCUCCGACAGCGCGCAGGUCUUCAUGGCCGUUUUCGAGAAAAGGACCGACGUGAGGGCCGUUUGCCACAUCCACUCGGUUUCCUCCGUCCUGGUGGCGGCCAGCACGGACCAGGCUAAGAGUUUGGGACGCUGGAUCGUAGACACGAGCCGCUCAGUCUUGGAGGUGCGAGAGCUGGAGAUGAUCAAGGGCUUCGGGAUCCCUGGCGACGGGGUCUUGCAAGUGCCUGUGAUAGACAACAAGGCACGGGAGCCGGAGCUGGUGCCGGACCUCCUGAAGGCUCUGGAGCGGGUCCCCAACGCCCCGGCGGUCUUGGUUCGAGGUCACGGCGCCUACGUCUUCGGCAGCACCGCGGAGCCGGCUGGCAAAAGAUACAGCAGGGUGAAUCUGGCAAUGAUGAAGGCCAAGAUCGCCACCGAGUGCUUGGGCUUCAUCUUGGAUGUGGUGGAGAAGCAGAGGAACCACAACAGUUUUGCGGCAGAGCCAUCGCGCAAGCUCCGGAUGGACAGGAGGGUAUCAGUGGGCCUCUAUAGUUUGAGCCCGACGUGGGCAUUGCUAUCAAUGACCCUGACUAUGCUUGGUGCAGGCAUCUCUAUUCUAUUUGACAAGCUUGUGUCGUUUCGCUGCUUUGCGAUAGUGAACUACAUCAAUCUAGAGCCAGCUGGAAGGCGCCGCAUGUUGCCGUGCAUCGAUAAGCUCUUCCCGUUCGCCGCUGCCUCGGUGGAGGGUUGGGCACCCGCUGCCGGACCGGACCUCUCUGAGGUGGUGGCGCAGUUCGAGGCACAGUGUCAGGAGGAUGGUGCGCCCUUUGACAAGCUGGCGCCCAUUAAGGAGGUCCGGCGGCUGACGAAGGAGUGGAUCGCAAACGAUCGCAAGGUGCCUGCCUUGAAGGAUCUGCAAGGACGCCUUUGGCGAUCCGGCUACGAACGGGGAGCGCUGCAGGGCGAGAUGUUUGAGGACACGCCCAAAGCAAUGGCUGCCUGGGUGGCGGCUGGGCAGCGCGUCGCGAUCUUCUCUUCGGGCAGCCGAGAGGCGCAGAGGCUGAUCUUUCAGUACUCGGACAAAGGGGAUCUGACUCCCCACAUUGCGGCAUACUUUGAUCCGAAAGCUGCACAGGCUUCGAAACAGGAGGCCAAGGCCUACGUGGAAAUUGCCCUGUCGCUGGGCAUCGAGUGCAGCCAAGGCGCCGUUGAUCCUUCCAUGCUCUCCUUUGACAGAGAAACAGCACCUGAAGUCUGA